UUAUCACAUGACAGGCGAGCUCUUUAAUCAAAGUUUAUAAAUCUGAGCAGCGACUUUUUGACAGCCUCUUCAUGUUAUCGUUUGGUGCCAAGUGUUGGGGGGCUUGUAAUCUAUAGUUCCUUAAAAAUUAUUUGCUGAAAAUUAAGCAGAACAGACAGCUGAAGAAUGGGAUCUAUGUGUAGUUCAUGUUGCGGCAAUUCAGAUGAUGAUAUUUUUGAGAGGUCUGAAAAUGACAAAACGAAUUUAUUAGGGAAUCCAGUUGGUGAACCUUCCAGGCCGACAAGUGAAAGCAUUUCCAAGCAUGCAAUAGAAACUUCAGGUGAUCAUCAUGAAAAGUUGAAUAAAAUAUUACAGAAAACUGCAAAUAGCUACAUUGAUGUACCAGCUUUAAACUCUCCUAUGGAUCAUCCAAUCGAUAAAACAAAGGACUAUGAAUCUAAGCUUCAUGCUACGUUGCGAAGAAGGCCAUGCAGUGAAAAAACUUCACUUUUGGAAGAUACACCACACAUUGAAAAAACCCUUUCUGAGGAACCUCUGUCAGAGAGUGAUCGCAAAAUGGUAAAAGAAGUUAAUUCAUCACUUUUAGCUGCCCUUCAAACUAUACAAGUAGAAAACACUGAAAGUCUAGUAAUUCCAUUCAAUCAUUCCAAAGAGAAGUAGACAGCAAAUUAUUUAAGUUCUACUAACUAUCAAUUUUUGUUAUACAAGCAUUUUGGUGCCAUUUUACUUGUAAAUAAUACUUGAUCUUAUAUACAUAUUUAUAUAAUGUUACUGAACCAAUUUUUUAAAUAUAGAAUAUUUA